AUGCCUUUCGCAGGUUACCCCGUUUCACCAACCCCUCUGCACGUGAGCAGAUUCCCAGUGGGUCACAUUGGUGCUGAGGUGGUUCGGCCAGCUGGGACGCCGAUAGUGCCUGGUCCGGGGGAAGCUGAGCCCUGCGAUCCUGUCUGCGGCCGGUUCCUCUCUCCUGUUGCUGCGCUUGCCCCUCUCCUUGUUCCGCGUGAGGUUCCGCCUGUUGCGCCUGGGAGAUCGGCGUUGUCGGCUCCUCGUGUGCCAGUGGAGUGUCUUGAGCGUUGGCCAAUGGAUUUCCUUGGCGCUCUUGGCCGCGACUGCACCGCGGAGAGCGAUCUUGCUCCCCGUCCGCUUCCUCCUGCACGCCCUGCCGCGAGCGUGCCUGUUGCUCCGCCGGCGUCCGCUGAUCAGAUCCGCCGCCGCUUCGAGGACCAGCGGCGCGAGUUGGCUCCGCGCGUGGGCAGGUUCUUGUCACCGCGGAAGCCCCCGUGCGCGGGGUUUGUCUUGCGCUCCGGCGCAGAGGCUGUGGCGCACCAGGAGCGUUCGCCUCGCCGUCGCUCAUCGGCAGCUUGCAACGAUAAGCAGGAGAGCCGCCGCGAUGAUCGUCACGGCGCGUUCAGAGUGGCCGCUGCCUGCGGGGAUGGGCUUCGUAGGUGCUGGUGGCGGGCCGCCGUGGGCUCAGUUUGCUCCGCCGCGUCCUCGUCCUGCUCCGCGUGA